AUGAUAGUGAAGGGAAUUCAAGCUGAACCGGAAGAGAAUAGAGAGGUUGAAACUACUAAGGAAGAGGAAGUGGAUGUUGACGACAAGACGGUUGAGGAAUCUGCGAGGGAUCCCAGCUCGACUAUUUCAGACAGUAGCUGCCAAUCGAGCCUUGCGAAACCUAGUCCGGUUCCCGGGUAUAUAUUCCUUAUGUUAUCUCGUAAUUCUUUUUUGUCCUACGGAAAUCCUAUUGCGCGAACUGUUUGUGCCAUGAUUUAAACGUUGCAAGCGUUAUUUCACAGUUCUUCAUGUCCUUCUCGUCUGUCGGGAUGGUCUGUUUCUUCUGCUGACUCUAGAUCGGAAAAUCCUUGCCUCGCUUCUGCUUCCCCCUUGCCUCGCUCCCUCUUCCCCCGGACAAAACGUUUUCGCUCAGUUAUGGAGUUUAUUCAGUAUACUAGGUUAGCAGAUGAAAUGGGAAUCUAUGAACGCAAAUCACGGACUUACGACCUUUAUAUUUUUUGACUGGUUAAAACACCAAGUCUGUAUCCAGGCAUGAUCCUCUCGCAUCUCUUGAACAUCAUGUUUUGAUUGCCUUUCGGUUUUCUUUGCAUUAUCCUGCAUUGCCUAUGGAAUGAUGAUUUUUUCUUUCGUCAGAAGGAUAAGAGGCCCCGCAAGGCGAUCGACAAAGGGAGGCUGGACAGAAGAGGAAGUGAGUAGUUCUGUUCACGACGUGAAUGUGAACUGGCGGAUAUUAACAAUACUUUGUUAGUUGCGGUGUAUCCAUCAUGAGAUACCGUGUUGUUUGAAAGGAUUCUAUCUCUAAUCAUUUCAUGUUUUUUUGUAGCUGAUAAUCAUUUUCAUAAUGAAUUUUUUCCCUUGCAUCUCUGCCUAUUUGCUGAAUUUAUUAUCUUAUUACAGGAUGAAAUUUUGGCUAGAGCAGUGAAACAGUUCAAAGGGAAAAACUGGAAGAAAAUAGGUACAUAUAACUUUACUUUUUAUUUUUUCUUUUAGCUCGACUCCAGUUUGAACCCUUGCCAAUGUGUGUGUUAGAGUUAUGCCUUCUGUAUGAUUAAGAUGUUGCAUAACCUCCGAUAUUGCCUGAAAUCCGAUGCCCAAUUUUGAUCCUUUCCUUUUAAAAGUAGGCGAGCUAUUCAGUAAGAGAAUACUCGAAGGUUGUCUAUGCUUGCCUUCCCCUGCUGUUUACUAUUAUUUCACUGCUACUACCAACAUAAGCAAUAAUUUUUCAUAAUUAUUAACAGACACAUGCAUACAUAUUCCCAAUUACUCGUGUAAAUAAACCGCUCGCUAUUGUUAAUUAAAGACAUAACAGGAUUAUAACGUCUGAUGAGUUGCCUGAGCUUUUUCCUAUGGAAAAAAAGGAACCCACUUCGUAUCCAAGGUGUUGCAAGCAUGAUAGAUCCUUUAAUCAGUUGUGAACGAUUUUUUUUCAGAUUUUCUUGCCUGUUCAUCCUCCCUGUCAAGCAGACCUGUAUGUGUGAAACGUGGUGAUUUUCUAGGCUAUUUUUCGAGCUAGCUUCGACACAGAAUGAAGUUUACAUUAUUGUUUAUGUUUUUUAUUUUUAAAAAUAUACCUUUUUUAUCUUUUGCAGCUGAGUUCUUCCCAGGUCGAUCAGAUGUUCAAUGUCUUCAUCGUUGGCAGAAGGUUCUCGAUCCUGAGCUUGUUAAAGGAGCAUGGACCAAGGAGGUGUGAUCUGAAUCUGCGACUCUUUUGCUUUCUAGACAUCUGUAGAGCAAUGGACAUAUUGUUUGUCACUAAUAUGUUUCCAUUUUGAUACAUAGGAAGAUGAAUGUAUUAUAAAGCUGGUGAAUAAAUAUGGUGCUAAGAAGUGGGCAACCAUUGCGAACAAAAUGACUGGUCGGAUUGGUAAACAAUGUCGUGAGAGGUAAGAGAACAGCCCUUGGAAGUUAGUUUUAGAUGAUCAACUGCUUUAAAAAAUCCUUUUAUCUCCGAGUGUAAACAAAUCAUUCUACUAUUGAUUUAUCAUAUUGAUAACUUUUGAUCUAUUUGGCUUCAAUAUUUGAUAUGAAAUCUCAUAUGUUUAUUUUCUAGAUCCACCUUUUAUGUAACCGCUUAAAGUUCAGAUGUUCUUUACAAAUUCUAUACGAACAUCAUCGGCAGUUUAAACUUUGUGGCAUAUUUGAAGAUUACGUGGAUCAUAUUUGGUGGUUUUAGUAAAUGAUGUUUGACUUCUUGGGACUUCGUUAUUUAUUUUGUUUUUCGGAGAUGUUCUUCUUAGCUUCAACGUUCUGAAAAUAUCUUAUUCAAGAAGUGUGGAGUUUCACUGCAAUAGAGAAAAAAUGUCCAGACUAAUGGAAUAAGAAAGACUGUAUUUUUACAAAGGACAAGCAUGUUUGGUAAAUUUUAUGAAAAAGUCGAUACUGUGCUCACAAACUUGGAAUGGUGAAUAUGAGGAGAUUCUGUUAUAGAGAAGGCUUGAGAAUUGCAUGAUGUUGUGAAUAGGGAAGAUCAGGACAAUAUCAGGAGAGAUUUCAAGGAAAGGGGAUGUCAGGAGGUCCUUGACACAUUAUUCGUUGUCCAGAGAGGUAUGGGUAGUGUGUAGAGAAAUGAAUAGAUGAAGAUCAGGGUAGUACUGAGCGAAAUAACAGGAAAAGUCACUGCAAAACUGAUGUUAAUAAAGGCCGUGGCCCAGGAUCUGUUCUCAAUGAUGGUAUGUUACCGGCUGCGGAGAUAGGUUUAAGAAAUGCAGUUAGUGAAUAGGCGAAGAUCAGAGUAAUACUGCUCAAACUUCUGGGAAAAUAUGUUGAAGACUGAUGUGAGAAAAGGCCAUAAUGCAGGAUUCCUGGUUGUGACUAAUACAGUAUUUUGUUGGCCACUUUGCCAAAUGAUGAUUGAAGUCAACAUUGGUGAACGAGUGACUUAUGUUGGCACUGGGUGCGGAAAAAAUGAGAUCUUGAUGUCACUUGAAGAUUUUUUUGUUAGCACAUGUUUUGUCGCUUAACUAUCUGGUACAAUCCAUUGCGUAUAAUUGACGGCCAGCUUAAGCAUCUGCCUGCUAACACGUAAAUCUUCCGCAUGCCAAUUGUCUCGUACAACACCAAUCUGUAUUUCAAGGACGGUUCAAUAGUCACUCUAUGGCAUACCAUCUAAAAUUUUAUGGAGAUUGAUGUGUUCAUUCACCUUCUGGGCCUAGACGCAGUCUUAUGCUGCGAUUUUAAUGUCUUUGGUCUUUCUCUGGAAGGAACUAAUGCAUAUAAAGAAUAUUUUUUUCUGGAAUGUAUGUAUUCACAUGUGCCUCUUUUAGGUGGCACAACCAUCUAAAUCCGGCGAUAAAGAAAUGUGCUUGGACGACAGAGGAAGAGAUCGUCCUAAUUCGUGCUCAUGGGAUGUAUGGAAACAAGUGGGCAGAAAUAGCUAAGCUUCUUCCAGGAAGGUAUUUCUUCAAAUUUUCAUCCUGCUCUUUUGUGCAUAGUAUCAGCAUACACUUGAUUAAAUGGCAAACCCGUUAUGGAUUUCAUUGUCUCCGUUGAGGCAAGAAAUUCAUAUUACAUCGUCAAGAAGACCAAGAUAAUGCCUCAUUUUUGUUAAAUCUGUCUACUUUAUAUCAGCCUUGUUUAUACAACUCUGUUACUUUGCUCUUCGUUGGCUUAUAUAUAUACAUUAAUUUUUAAUUUUAUUUUUUAUGGAAUGUUGGUUUACUUUGGUCUCAAUUGUUCAUUUCGAAUAUGGCAGGGCUGAUAAUUCGAUAAAGAACCAUUGGAAUUGUUCUGUGAAGAAGAAGCUGGAUUCAUAUUUAUCUUCUGGUCUUCUUGAUCCGUCAAACAAAAAUGGCGCACUUGAUUUGAACAGUGGUUCAUCAGUCAGGGGACACCCGCAUGAUUUGGCUACUCAAAAGGGGAGUAUGGAACUUGAUGAAAAUUCAACUACGGUGGCAGCUUUUAAGGCUUCUUUCACCAGUUUCCCUCGUGAGAAUGAGAGUUCAAGGAAGCCAAGAGAAGAUUCUGAUUACUGUAUAACAGUAGCCCAACCAGUAAGUAUGGAAAUCUCAAGAAGCUCGAGAGGUUUACCUGUUACGAGUCCAACCGGAAGAUGUUCGACUUAUCCGUCAUCUGGAGAAGAUUCCAGCCGUGCUACAGCCCAGAAUUACGAGACCAACUUAUGCUGUAAAGAUGAUUACCCUGACAGGACAACCGCAGAUCCCAUAAUGCCUACCACCACUCAGCCAAAGCCACAUGCUCAAAUGGCGAUUCAUAGGCUCACGAAAGAAUUAUUUGCAUCUCCUGAAAAAUUGGAGAGACAUGCUAAAUCGAUAGAUGCUCCGGGCACAUCUUCAAAGCUCAGUGAGCAAAGUACCCCACCUAUACUGGAGAAAACACCGAUGGAUAUCGAGAAAGAUGCUGAUUUUAGUGAAACUCCCUGCACACCGGUACCUGUUGAUAUGGAAGUCCUUGAUCAUGACCGCUAUGCCCCUUCUCAGUCGAGUGGUCUGCAUAAAAACAUAAGAAAGUUCAGAAUUUUGGAAUCGGAUAAGUCUUCAGUUGAAUUUGGCAGUACAGAUUUUUAUCAUGACCCACCAAAAGAAGCUUCAAAGGCGACUUCUGUGAAGUUUUGGGAUCCAGAGACUAUACUGAGGAAUGCGGCAAUGACCUUCAGGAAAACACCUUCUAUCAUUAGCAAAGGACGUCAAAACAGUUUUGCGCUAUCACCUACGAUGACACCUUGUAAGGCUGCGGAUGAUUCUACACCAAAGGCUGAAAGUGUAGCCAGCUCUAUGGCACACGCACAUUUAGAUCAAUCCGAAAUUGAAAUGCAUGAUGAUAAGGAGUCAAAUGAUGCUCAGCACGUUAGGCAAUUGUUCCCAUCAUCUUCAGCUCCUUCGAAGUCCAGAAUAUGUGGUGCUGUUGAAUCAGUGGAGACAAGGCUAGAGCAUACCUCUGAUGGGGAGUGGAAUGAUACUAAUACAAGCAAUUCCCCUGCAUUUAAUGCGGGAAAGCGGAUAAAGAUUCCAAAGAACUCUCAAGACCAGCCUGGUAGCUUAGGUCGUAGUUUUUCUAACCGGAUUCAUGAGAGAAUUGCCACUUAUGAUUAA